AUGUCGAACUCAGAGUACUCGAACCGGCUCACGCUGCGCGUGACGCUGGACGAGACCCGCCGCCUCGGCCUCGCGGUGGACAGCGCGCACAGCGUCGUCGAGGUCCGGCUAGACUCGCCCGCGGAGCUCGCGGGCAUCAGGCGCGGCGACCGAAUCGAGUCUUGCUGGGAUUGGCAUGAUCCUACGCGCAAGUGGUCGCUCGCGAACGUCUCGCUGAAGGUGGCGCUCGACAAACUCAAGCCGGCGAACGACUUGGGGUUUGAGGUGUCACGUGCGAACUGGUUUACCUCUGGACCCGCCAACGCCGUCCCGUCGCCCGCGCCUCCUGCCGACGGCGGCGGCUCUCGCAGCAGCGGCUCGGCGGCGGCCGAGCUCGCCAAGGCGCUCCUGUCGCCAGUCGCUUGGGACGUGGACAGGGUUCCGAUCCUGGACAUGACUACCACUACUAGGCGCUCUCGGAGAGGAUGA